CGCGACGAAACAGUCGGUCGUUCAUUUUUAUCAGAAUUUAUGAGACGAAGAUCUUCUUGUCAUCCAGGUAGGUUUUGUUAUGUUAGUUUUUUCUUAACUUUUACUACAUCACUGCGUUUUACUCUGUACAGUAUUGCUGAAAAGAAAUUAAAACAAAAACAAAAAAUGAAUAGGUUCAUCAGUCUUAACUUUUUAAAGUUUAUUUGAAUCAGCCAUGUGUUUUAUUUAAGGAAAAGUGUGUCAAUCACCCAACCAGUGGUUCCAAAAUAGUUUACUUUUUAUAUGAAUUUGCUAAUUGUGGUUUUUACAAAGUCUAACACGUACACGGAAAUUGCGUACAUUUAGUUAUUAAACUAAAGUUUUUGUUACAGGCCCCAGGUAUCAGUUAUUACAACAGUAAUGUACACGACAGCUAGAAUCACUCGCAGUUUUCCUCCGAAGAAAACGUAUACAACACUUUGGGAACCACUGGUAUAAACGAGUGUCAAAUAUAAGUUCUAUGACAAAUUUUUUUUCUACAUUUUCUCACACGAUAUAAAAUGUUGACCUACAUUAAAUGAUUCAUGAUCUAAAAUUGAUAUUUAUCAAAAAUCAACUCAGGAAGGCGUGAAAUGAUCCCAUUGAUUUCAAUAUCACACUGACGCAUUAAUGUAUACAUUGGAAAUGAACAGUAUAUGCAAGUUCAAUUUUUAAAACGCAUUAGAGCAACACUCGUAGAUCUGAAAAAGACAUACUUUUAAUUUUUGGUCUAAAAAAUUGCCCUAAGACAAGCUAGCAUGCUGUCAAUUGGUUGUAGAAUAACCUUGCGUUCAAAGAUUUAGUCCAAGUGUAUUUCGCGUGAUAAUCAUGUCUAUGUUGAAAGAUCAGAACAAAGAAGAUUAGGAACAACAUUAGAGUCUAGUUCAGUGAGAGAGAAUAGCCAAUAUUUUAAUGAUUAUUUUAUCAUUCGUUUUCAAGUAAAAACAUUUUAUUUAGAUUGUUAUCAUUUUCUCAGUUUUCAACAAAAACAUUUUGGUGCCUUAAUUGAAGCUAUCUAUUUUUUUUUUUAAAUGUAUGCAUAUGACUCUAUAUAUAACCUUGUUUACAGGGUUUUUCAAUAACGCUUUAUUCCUAAGUAACAGUCCCAAGAAUUGUAACUCAACAAUCCCCCUCAUGUCAUUGUCCCACUUUCCCCUUCCCAUCACCCUCAGUUCCCCCUAACACGGCUUUAUAUGUAAAAUCAAUUGAUGUAAUAUGAUAUUUGUGUAUCUUUGGCAGCCUACAAAAACUAUAUUUAUAAUGUUUUUACUGUAUGCAAAACUUAAUUUGGCAAUGUGAUUUGGUAAAAGAUAUUAAAAAAUGAACCCAAAACUGUUCCAUUUAAAAUAUAUUAUUGCUUUACAGCAAUUGCACAGAAAAUCUUACUUUCAAGGCAUAUCAAGCCAUCAAAAAGAUUUUUUUUUCUCUUUUAAUGCGUUUUUUAAUCGUAUUAUGAUUUAAAUGUGUUUAAUAAAACGACCAAUACCUUAAAUAAUGCAAACAUUUGAUCCCACUGGCUUUUAAUUAAAUGCCUCGAUGGUUUUUGUCUACAGAUACAAAAUGCAAUCAUCAAGAGACAUCGAUCUGCUGCUUAUUGGCAAGACAGGAAAUGGAAAAAGCGCUCUUGGUAACACGAUCCUGCGUCAAAAAGCUUUUCUCAGCAAAAGUUCUCAAGAAUCAGUUACCAAAAAGGUUGCCUAUGAAGUGAGCGAUUUCGAUAACCGCAUCAUCAAAGUUGUUGACGGACCAGGUGUAGGGGACACUCGCAUGGACAAUGAGAAAUCUGUGAAUCUUGUUAUGGGGGCAAUGGAGUACGCCAUUUCGGCCAACCCACGAGGUUAUCAUGCUUUUCUACUGGUGGCCAAAUAUGGAGGAAGGUUUACUGCAGAAGAUCAGGACACGGUAAAAUUUUUGAAACAAGUGUUUGGAGAGAAUUUUGUCAAAAACUUUUGUAUUUUAGUUCUUACUUGUGGAGACAAUUUUGAAACUGAAGACCACAACUUGACAUUUGAAGAUUGGUGCAAUGAACAAACUGGAGUGUUUAAGGAACUGCUUGAAGAAUGUUGCAAUAGAGUUAUAUUAUUUGACAACAGGACGAAAGAUGAAGACAAGAAAGAGAAGCAACUGAAAGAUCUCAUUGAAAUGGUGGACAACCUACGAUGGCGGGAUCUUCGUUACACAGAUGAAAAUUUCCAGAAAGCCAGGGAAGCACGCGAGAAGUUGAUGGUGGAAGCCAAAAAGCCGAUGCUAAGGGAGGAAACUAUGAAUGAGGUUAGUUUAAUUAUCCAGAAACUUCACUGGAUACAGGAGAAUGUCGAGCCAGAAGAAAGACUUUCGUAUUUGGAUGAUCUUCAGAGACGAGCUACGACAUUAUAUGACAACAUCCAGGUACAGGACAAAGGGACAGGCGCCCUACAUGACAUAAUACAAACAGCUAAAUCCAUUCAAGUCACUAUUGCUGAUGAGAUUAAGAUUUCUCAAAGAGUCAUCCAAGAGAGGGAGAAAAUGAGAAAGAUGGAAGAAGAGAGAGCGCAAGCCUUUAUAGCAGAACUAGCACGGCAAAGGGAGGAAUAUGAGCAGCGACUUAUCAAGGACAAGAUUGAGGAUCAGCGUAGGAGUAAGCUGUUAGAACAGCAAGAAAAGAAAUGGAGAGACAUGACAGAAAAGAUGGAUAAAGAAAGAGAAACGCGCGAGAAAGAAUUUCAGAAAACUUUAGAAGAAGAACGCAGGCGCCAACGGAAACAGGUGGAAGACAUAGAACAUAAAUACAGGGCAGCCAAGGAGACCAACGAUGAGGGCUUCUUUUCAACUGUCGUAAGCGUUGUCACGUGGCCAUUCAGGAAACUUUUUGGUAGCGAAGAUUAAUUGUAAAAAUAUAUAAUGCCUUUGUGUAUUGCUAAUUUAACAGUUACUGUAUUUAUGAAACAUUUUUGUCCGUGUUUUAAACAUAUGUAUGUAGUGAAUUGUUGGGUGUUAGUAUUUGGUCAACAAAUUCAAACUUCUAUGCGGUAGCAUCCAAACUAUUACUCCUUAAGGUCCCGGGGUAAUAUAUAAGCAACAGGCUCCAACUGCUUGGUUGCGUUAUGAAAGAUUAAUUAUUCGGUCGACUUGCACGCUGCCCUGGUCUUCCCAAGUUUAAGCCUUGGCCACGAAGAUAACAGUUGUAAAACUGGUG